GGGGGAGGGACGAGGCGGUGGCGGCUCAGCACGAGGCUCAGAGCAGAGUCACAUUUGAGCUUGGUCUCGGGUGAAAGUCUGAGGAGGCUCAGCGUCGAACGUGGCUGGAAGAACCGCCCGGGCCUUGAAAGCGACAGGAGGCCUCGGCCAGACGCGACAAUGGAGGAGGUGGGGGCACAUCAGAGAGGCGGCUACACCUCCUCAGCACCCGAAGGCGUCCAGGUUCAAGGGGCCCUACUUGGGGUGGAGGAAGGCCGCCACUGGACGGACGAGGAGGUCCGAGCGCUGCUGUGCGUCUGGGCCGACCGGCGCGUCCGCGAGAGCCUCAAGAGCACGCUACACAACAAGUACAUCUUCCAAGAGAUCUCCAGCCAGAUGCAGCGCACCUUCGGCGUGGUGCGCAACUGGAAACAGUGCCGCACCAAAUACAAGAACCUCAAGUACGACUACAAGAUGGCCAAGAGCACCCACGCGGCCCGCGCCGGCCGCAGCGGCAGCCCGGGCAAGUACAUGAAGUUUUUCCACGAGGUGGAGGCCAUUCUGCUGGGCGGCGGCCCGGAGGAGGGCUCUCUGGGGAUGAAGAGCAGGUUGUACGAUGGGGAGAAAACGCCAGCGGCUUGCGAAAGUGAGGUCAUCGUCAAGACUGACGAUUAUGACAACAGCGACCAUUACGACGUGGACAGCGACAUGGAUUCCAAAUGGAGAGGACGAGCGGCCGAGCCGUCGGCCGCCGACCAGCUGCACGUGGUCACCGUGUCGGACACGGGUCGCAACUGGAGCGACCAGGAGGUGCGAGCGCUCAUUCGGGUGUGGUCCGACGAGCGGGUGCGGCGGCAGCUGGAGAGCUCCACCAGAAAGCGGGACGUCUUUACGCAGAUCUCCAACCGGCUGAUGCAGCAGGGCAUCGAGCGCGACUGGAAGCAGUGCCACACCAAGUACAAGAACCUCAAGUACCUCUACCGCUCGCUGCAGAAGGGCAGGACGGACGAGGCCGACCCCAAGCGCCUCAUGAGGUACUACGGCGAGGUGGACGCCAUUAUGAAUCGCAGGGCCAGGGGCUCGUGGGCGGACCGCCGCGGCGACUCGCGCCCGAGUGCUGCGCCGGAGGCCGACGCUCACGCCAUGAGCGAGGCGGAGGAAGGGAGAUGUUGCGACGAGUCGGCGUCACCGGUGCACCUCGCAAAGAUGCCGCCGGAAGAACAAGGGAUGAAAACAGGAAGUGGUCAUCACUUGGACCAGUGGCACCCACCGGACGUUACUACAGGAUGCUGUGAAAGCAGCUUCGCGCACGGUGACACUUGGUCGACCGGCCGGGGGAGGAAGAGGAAGGCGGACGAUGAAGGCGCUCUACUGACACCAGAGAAAAAAAUUGCAGACGGUGUGAACUUUAAAGAAGAGCAGACUCACGUUCCGAUCAUAGAAGUCCUUUCGGUCUGCUCGAUGGCCGACCAAGAUGCACCCCCACAGACGCAGCUUCGCGGCGCGUCGAAAAGAAACAUGACUUCAACACAAGAGCUGAGCAUCGGACAGAAGCUGAACGAGGGCAAGACCAAGCAGAUCUUCGAGAUCGUGGAUGAGCCCGGAUUGGUUCUGGUGCAGUCCAAAGACCAGAUUACUGCCGGGAAUGCAGUGAGGAAGGACCAGAUGGAGGGCAAAGCGGCCAUCGCCAAUAAAACCACGAGCUGCGUGUUUGAACUGUUGCAGCAAUCCGGCAUCAAGACUGCCUUCGUGAGGCAGCACUCAGACACGGCGUUUGUGGCGGCGCACUGUGAGAUGAUUCCCAUCGAAUGGGUGUGUCGCAGGGUUGCCACCGGCUCGUUCCUGAAGAGGAACCCUGGUGUGAAAGAGGGCUACCGCUUCUCCCCGCUGAAGAUGGAGAUGUUCUUCAAAGACGACGCCAACAAUGACCCGCAGUGGUCGGAGGAGCAGCUGCUGGAGGCCAAGUUCUGCCCCGCUGGCCUCGGCAUCGGCCGCUGCGAGGUAGACAUAAUGAACCGCAGCACUGUGGCCAUCUUCGAGAUCCUCGAAAAGGCCUGGGCCACGCAGAACUGCACGUUGGUUGAUAUGAAGAUCGAGUUUGGCGUGAACGUGAAGACUCAGGAGAUUGUUCUGGCCGAUGUGAUCGACAACGACUCGUGGAGACUGUGGCCCGCCGGAGACAGAAGCCAGCAGAAAGAUAAGCAGGUUUACAGAGACUUGAAAGAGGUGACCCCUGAGGCCAUGCAAAUGGUGAAGAGAAACUUUGAGUGGGUCUCCGAAAGGGUCAAGCUGUUGCUGGAGUCCCAAGCCAAUGGCAGGGUGGUGGUCCUGAUGGGCUCCACUUCUGACAUGGCCCACUGCGAGAAGAUCAAGAAGGCCUGCGGCUCUUACGGGAUUCCUUGCGUGCUGCGCGUCACCUCUGCGCACAAAGGCCCGGACGAGACUCUGCGCAUUAAAGCGGAAUACGAAGGAGAUGGCGUUCCCACAGUGUUUGUGGCGGUGGCUGGCCGGAGCAACGGCCUCGGUCCCGUGAUGUCGGGUAAUACGGCUUACCCCGUCAUCAACUGUCCGCCCAUCACGUCUGACUGGGGCUCCCAGGAUGUGUGGUCCUCCCUUCGUAUGCCAAGCGGUCUGGGCUGUUCGACGAUCCUCUCCCCGGAUGCAACCGCUCAGUUUGCAGCUCAGAUCUUCGGUCUGACCAAUCACCUGGUGUGGUGCAAGCUGAGGGCGUCCAUGCUCAACACCUGGGUGGCCCUCAAGGUGGCCGACAAGAAGCUCCAGGCCUGCACCAUCUGAGCCAAUGUCACAGAAUCAUCAUCAUCAUCAUCAUCAUCAUCAUCCCUUUGGUCCGAUUAAUCUCUUAUGAUGAAGCAAAUCUGGAACAAAAUUAAUCUUCCAACCAUUCCAUCCCAAAUAAAUUGGUAAACUUUGUAACAAAA